AUGUCGGACGCAGGAUUUUUCAAGGGAACUACUGCAGAGCAGGAUACAAGAUUUGCUGAUAAGAAAAAGAAAUUGAUGAAGUCUAUGAAAUUUGGUGAUAGUUUGGAAAACAAGGUUGAUAUGACCAAAGUAAAUGUAGAUACUUUAAAACCAUGGAUAGCUCAAAGAAUCACAGAAUUAUUAGGCAUCGAAGAUGAUGUUGUUGUAGAAUUUGUGUAUAAUCAAUUAGAGGAACGGUUUCCUGAUCCUAAAGAUAUGCAGAUAAAUCUGACUGGAUUUCUAAAUCCGAAGAAUGCCAGGAUCUUUCUACAAGAGUUAUGGGAAUUGUUGGUUAGUGCACAAGAAAACAUUGCAGGAAUACCGUCUAAAUUUCUGGAACAGAAGAAAGAAGAGAUUAAAAAGCGACAGGUAAAUUAA